AUUUGAGAACGACAACGAUGGCGGUGAGAGGUUUAUUGGCAAUGGCGGCAACCAUGGCAUUGAUUCUUUUUCAUUUUGCAGGUAUACGUGUUCACGCAGGAGUUGAUCAUCACCUUCUCUGGUCUGAUUCUAGUCCUGGAAUGAUCUUCACUUUCUCCCUCGGUGACAAUCUGGUGAUCACUAACAACACACCUGAUGGCUUUCUACUGGUGAGUGCAUUGCAUCACAUAAAUUGUAAUACAUCGGAACCAUUUAGUGUAGAGACGGGAAGUGUGACCGUGAUUCCAUUGACUGAUACACAGACACGCUUUAUAAUCAGCGAACAGGCUGAUCUUUGCAGAGAUGGCCUCAAGUGGCAAGUGAAUGUGAGAGAUCCAAUGUAAGGGGUCAAUGAGGCUCCUUGACCCCUGUGCGUGUUUGUGGUGCUGGUGAAAUGAUCAUGGACUCAUGGUUCAUUGCUUGGAUUGAUGGUGGUUUAGUGCGAACAGUAUGGUAAUCUUUGCCACUUUUUGUUGUAACUUAUAAUGCAUCAUUUGGUUGCUGCCUUAGUUGAAUUGAUUGGC